GGACAGUGGGCUACAAUGCGCUGUACUUCACAGGAAAUCGCGGACAAUCCUCAGCUCUUCGUGGAAGGUUUCUCCAGAUUCGACGUUCAGCAGGGAGAACUGGGGGAUUGCUGGUUGCUGGCCGCCGUGGCAAAUCUGACCAUGCAUCACAAUUUGUUCUUUCAAAUUGUGCCAGAAGACCAGAGCUUCGAAGAAAAUUACGCUGGAAUCUUCCACUUCAGGUUUUGGCAAUACGGUAGAUGGGUCGAUGUGGUGAUUGACGAUCGAUUGCCCACCUAUCAUGGAAAAUUGCUGUAUCUGCAAUCGAGCGAGACUAACGAAUUUUGGAGCGCCCUUCUCGAGAAAGCAUAUGCGAAACUGCAUGGCUCCUACGAGGCAUUAAAGGGCGGCACAACCUGCGAAGCUAUGGAGGACUUCACUGGUGGAGUAACAGAAAUGUACCAAAUGGACCAAACGCCGCCAAAUUUGUUUAAGAUAUUGCUAAAAGCCUUUGAGAGAAACUCGUUAAUGGGUUGCUCCAUCGAGCCCGAUCCCAACAUAGUGGAGGCUGAAACACCUCAAGGACUAAUACGUGGUCACGCGUACAGCAUCACCUGCGUGAGAAAUGUGGAGAUUCAAAUGCCGAAUCGAUACGGUACCAUUCCUCUAUUGAGGCUUCGAAAUCCUUGGGGAAACGGCGAAUGGAAUGGGCCUUGGAGCGAUCAAUCACCAGAAUGGAGAUUCAUCCCUGAUCAUGAGAAGGAGGAACUCGGCCACUUCGAUCAGGACGGCGAGUUUUGGAUGUCGUUCCAGGAUUUUACCCGCUAUUUCACUCAACUCGAGAUCUGCAAUUUGAACCCUGAUUCUUUAACAGUAGACGAUAUCAACGUCGGGAAGAAACGUUGGGAGAUGAGCGUGUUUGAAGGAGAGUGGGUGCGUGGUGUAACAGCAGGUGGUUGCAGAAACUUUUUAGAUACUUUCUGCCAUAAUCCUCAGUAUCGUAUCACAUUGGAAAAUCCAGAUGACGACGACGAUAAGUGUACUGUGAUCAUUGCUCUGAUGCAGAAAAACAGGAGAGCGCAAAAAAGAAUGGGAGCUGAUUGCCUCACUAUUGGAUUCGCAAUAUACCAUUUGGAGUAUCCAGAGAGAUUGCCGAAACCACUAGACAGAAACUUCUUCAAGUACAAUGCGUCCGUUGGACGUUCACCGGCAUUUAUAAAUUUACGGGAAGUUACGUGCCGUUUCAAAUUACCGCCAGGCGUUUACUGUAUAGUUCCGAGUACUUUCGACCCAAAUGAGGAAGGUGAAUUCUUGUUGAGAAUCUUCUCUGAAAACAAGAACAAUAUGGAAGAGAACGAUGAAGAAGUCGGUAUGGGAGAAGUCGAUGAUAGGGUUCGCGAAGAACCCGAACAAGACCGCAAUGCCGAAAAAGUUCGAGAAUUCUUUAAGAAACUUGCUGGCGAUGAUUUAGAAGUGGACUGGAUGGAACUUAAAGAUAUCUUAGAUUACGCCAUGAGGAAAGAGACCCACGACAGAGGUUUCAGCAAAGAUAUAUGUCGCAGUAUGGUUGCUAUGUUAGAUACAGAUCACUCUGGUAAACUCGGUUUCGAAGAAUUCAAGCUAUUGUGGAAUGAUAUUAGAAAGUGGAGGGCUGUUUUCAAAUUGUACGACAGAGACGAAUCAGGAUACUUAAGUGCAUUUGAAUUGAGACAAGCAUUAAACAGCGCAGGAUAUCGUCUGAACAAUCAUAUUCUUAAUAUACUAGUUCAUCGUUAUGGCACUAAAGACGGCAAGAUUACGUUCGACGAUUACAUAAUGUGUACGAUCAGACUUAAAACAAUGCUUGAUAUUUUUCGAGAAAGAGAUCCAGAUCAAACCCACACAGCUACAUUCACACUGGAAGAAUGGAUGGAAAAAACACUCUAUUCAUAAUAAAAUUUGGAACCACUAUAAUGAAUCUCAUCUUUAAUUCGA